UCGCUCCCCGCACCGGGGUCAAUAGUCGCGUCCUGAACCGUGAGCCUCCCCCCUCUCUCUCUGACUGUCUCUCCACAGAUGCUGCUAAGCUCCUUUCGCAAUAUUUCCUGUUAGUUAGAGUCUGGGUGACGCUUGCUCCCGGUACCCAGGCUGAAGAGUCCAGGAGACCAUCAGGUAUGUCAGCGAAUAACUUCCACCUGAACCAAGCAUCGGAUUUAUUCACCCGAUUCCCCGGGGUGGAUGUGGCAGAUGAAGAGAGCCAGCUGAGGGAGGAUCUCAAAUAUUUCUUCAUGAGUCCGUGUGAAAAAUACAGAGCCAGGCGGCAACUUCCUUGGAAGCUGUGCUUGCAGAUUUUGAAAAUUGUCAUGGUGACGACACAGCUGAUUCUGUUUGGGCUGAGUAACCAACUCGUUGCGUCCUUUAAAGAGGAAAAUACCAUCACCUUUAAGCACCUCUUCCUGAAAGGAUACCAAGGGCCAGAUGAGACUGAUGGCAGUUUUAUCAUCUACACCCAGCAAGACGUUUAUGGUAGCAUGUUUUACAUUAUUAACCAGUAUUUGCAGCUGCAGAAUAUGACUGUGGGGAAUUACGCCUACGAUGCAGAUAAAGAGAAUGGGUCCACCUUGCGGAUUUGUAAGCAGCUGUUUAUGAAAGAUGUGCCGAUACCCUCCAGGGACAAACUGCAAAUCAACCCAAGCAUUGUAACAGAAUGCAUAAAUAUAGAAUCAGCUUCUGCAAUAGGGGACUCCUUUAAAGAAUGGAAAAUGACCAAUGCAUCAUUUUUUGACAUUGAAUUUUACAGGUUGAUACUUAUAGAAAUCAUCUUUAAACUGAAGGGGAUAGACCUACAAACUAUUCGCAACAAUGAAUUACCGGACUGCUAUCAGUUUACAAUCACUAUUACCUUUGACAACACAGCCCACAGUGGGAUCAUUAAAGUAAAGUUGGAGAGUGAGACCACCGUUACAGAGUGUAAAGAGUGGAAGAUUUCCGGAUCCCUCUCAAAGAACACACACUAUAUCCUGAUCUUUGAUGCCUGUGUCAUGUUGAGUUGCCUGAUGUCACUUGUCCUGUGUACCCGAUCUAUUAUCCUCGGUCUCCAGUUACACAAGAGAUUUGUCACAUUCUUUCAGAGGAGAUGCAACCAGAGGGUGUGUUUAUCAGAUCAGUUGGAGUUCCUGAAUGGUUGGUAUAUCCUGAUCAUUAUCAGUGACCUUUUCACUGUCACAGGCUCUAUCAUGAAGAUGGAGAUCACGGCCAAGAACCUUACAACGUACGACAUCUGUAGCAUUUUCUUGGGCACCUCUACCUUGUUCACUUGGGUCGGAGUCAUCAGAUACCUGGGCUACUUCCAGAAAUAUAACGUGCUCAUUUUAACAAUGCAAGGAGCUUUGCCCAAAGUACUGCGGUUCUGUUGCUGUGCUGGCAUGAUCUACCUGGGCUAUAUGUUCUGUGGGUGGAUCGUAUUGGGACCAUAUCAUUCGAAGUUUGAAAAGCUAAGCACUGUUGCUGAGUGUCUUUUUUCUCUCAUCAAUGGUGAUGACAUGUUUGCAACAUUCGCUGAAAUUCAGGAGAAAAGUAACUUGCUCUGGCUGUUCAGCAGAGUCUACUUAUAUUCCUUCAUCAGCCUGUUCAUCUACAUGGUCCUCAGUCUCUUCAUUGCCCUCAUCACUGAUACUUAUGAAACUAUUAAGAAAUUUCAACUGAAUGGAUUUCCACAGACAGACCUCCACAUUUUCAUGAGAGUCUGCACAAUGACACCUGAACUGAGCAGGGAUGCACUGACAUACAAGGAAUCAAAGGGAGUGAAAAGAUAAAGUGUGGAACUGGACUGAGGCCUCAAUCCGAUCAGCUAUGAUCUCGAUGAAUGACGGAAUCAGGAACAUCCACCUCCUAUGAAUUAAUCAAAAAAGUCACGGUUGUAAUGUCGGAAAUAGAGCAGUCGGUUUAUGUAUCACCAGCUCCCACAAGCAAUAUUGUGGGAAUGGGCUUGUAUUCUGUUCCAAUGAUGUUGGUUGAGAAAUAAAUAUUGACCAGAGCACCAGAGUGUCUUCUUGGGACAGUGGUUCUCACAUCUUUCAUGUUCACCUGAGAUGGAGAGUGUCUUCAUUUGAAGUCUCAUCCACAAGAGCAAACCUCUGACAAUGCAGCAUGGCCUCAGGACAGCAUUGGAAGGUCGCCUGUUAUGUUCCCAACUGAUUUAUCACUGGACAAAUCAGAUUCCAAAGUUAAAUCUGGCUGGAUGGAUCUGAUUUUGUUUUCCAAUCUAACACUGUGGACUUUCAGUAAAACAUAAGCACGCCAAGCUGCAGAUUUGGUUUCAACAAUAGAAAGAAGUUUGUCAUUCCAAAGAAUGACGCUGCAGCUCUGAGGAAGAUGAUCAGCUGCUAAUAUAAACCUGGCUUUCAGUGACUCUUGUGUUUCUGAAUAUUGUAGUUAUUGGAGUAAUGAGCCCAGCGUGCACUGCCAAAAUGGCCACCCAUUUAAUAAAACGAAUGACUGAUGCAAAGACUCCCUCUGACUGACCAUAAUUAGUGUCAUUCAAGUGGAAAGGAAGAAAUUCACUGUGUGUACUUUUUCUAACUGGUUGGACACUGGAAAAUUUUAUAAUGUACUCUUGGCAAGCUGUAUGUGUGCUGCACAGGUACAUCAGAUACCUCUCCAACUGGGCAAUGCAGUUGCCCAGUACUUAUCAAUUGCAACCUGAUCUUGUAUUUCACUUUGUAUGUACUGAACUUUUGCAUUUUAAAAACUCUAUAUCUGAAAGCUUGGGAUUUUUCUGCCAUUUUUACAUUCUUGUCUGUGUUUGUCACGUCAAUGUAAGAUAAAAAUUCUCUUCCAAACCUUUACUGGUCAUUACAGAAAACAUCUCAUUCACUUUGUUCAUGUGAUUUUUCUGAAUCACAUCCUUUCUAAAAAAAAACAAACUGUAAAACUAUGGAGCUAUAAAAAUGGAAAUACGGAUCAGAACUGACUUGAUUGUAAUUUGUUGAAGUUCAGUUUGUCGGUGGGAGGAUGAUUGUUUCCCAUUAAAUAAAGUGGAUGCUAUAUUUUAAUUUCU